AUGAUGGUGGUCGUGGAGGAGGCGGCGCUGGUUGCUGUGGCAGGAGCAGAGGCCGUGGCAGUGCCGGGCAGGGUUCCGGAAGCCCUGGCUGUCCAGCUACAACAUGGGGGCGGCAGCGUGGGCAGUUGUAGUGGAGGCAAUUUUGUUGCUGGUGGACUCUGCGAUGAUUUUGGCAGUUACAAGAACAGCCGCCGGCGCGGCCCCGGCGGCGGCUCUGAGGAGAGGCCGGCGCGAGCGCGGCCGGGCGGGGCGGCCUCCGCGGGGCCUCGCGCCCGGGCCUCGCCCGCCGGGACCCGCCGGCGCCGGAGGUGGUCGCGGCCCCCGCGCGGGCGGCCCGGGCCGCGGAGGAUGGAGGCCGCGCCCGACGGCGCCGCGGACGUCGCGCCCCCGGCCCGCUACGACCCGGCCCGCGCCAAGAUCGCCGCCAACCUGCAGUGGCUGUGCGCCAAGGCCUACGGCAGAGAUAACAUCCCCGAGGACCUCCGGGACCCCUUCUACGUGGACCAGUAUGAGCAGGAGCACAUCAAGCCGCCGGUCAUCAAGCUGCUGCUGUCCGGGGAGCUGUACUGCCGCGUCUGCAGCCUCAUCCUGAAGGGGGACCAGGCGGCUGCCCUGCAGGGCCACCAGUCCGUCAUCCAGGCCCUGUCCCGGAAGGGCAUCUACGUGAUGGAGAGCGACGAUACCCCCGUCACGGACCCCGACCUCAGCCAGGCGCCCAUCAAGAUGAGCGCCCACAUGGCGAUGGUGGACGCCCUCAUGAUGGCCUACACCGUGGAGAUGAUCAGCAUCGAGAAGGUGGUGGCCAGCGUCAAGCGCUUCUCCACCUUCAGCGCCUCCAAGGAGCUCCCCUAUGACCUGGAGGACGCCAUGGUGUUCUGGGUCAACAAGGUAAAUCUAAAGAUGAGAGAGAUCACAGAGAAGGAAGCUAAGUUAAAACAGCAGUUGUGGGAAAGCCCCGCUCACCAAAAGUCUCCCUCCAAGUGGUACUGGAAGUUAGUGCCUGUGCGCUACCGCCGGGAGCACCUGUCUGCCCGGCAGCCGCCCCACUUCCCGCUGCUGGAGGACCUCAUGCGGGACGGCAGCGAUGGGGCCGCGCUCCUGGCCGUGGUCCACUACUACUGCCCGGAGCAGAUGAAGCUGGACGACAUCUGCUUGAAGGAGGCCAUGUCCACGGCCGAGCGCCUGUGCAACAUCCGGCUGCUGCGGGAGUUCUCAGACGAGUACCUGAACAGGUGCUUCUACCUCGCCUUGGAAGACGUGCUGUACGCCCCCCUCGUCCUGAAGCCGAACAUCAUGGUUUUCAUUGCCGAGCUGUUCUGGUGGUUUGAGAACAUCAAGCCAGAUUUUGUCCAACCCAGGGAUGUCCAGGAGCUGAAAGACGCUAAAGUCGCGCCGCACCCGAGGGGUAGCCGGCCUCCCGUGCCCAUCUCCAACGCCACCAAGCGCAGCUUCCUGGGGGUGCCCGCUGCGCCGAGCCCUACCGACGUGCCGUCCCCCGCCCCGCUGCAGCCCGAUGGGGGGCCCCGGCACCCCCUGCACCCCGAGGAGCCUGAGCAUCUCGGGAAAGCGGCGUCUGCCUUCAGCGCCUCGCACCCCUUGCUCCCGCUGCGGCAGAAGCAGCAGAAGGUGGUGCAGGCGGAGGAGCCCCCAGACCAGCGGCUCCGCUCCAGCUCCUUGACCCGCGUCGACGGCCAGCCUCGAGGGGCCGUGGCUGCGUGGCCAGAGAAGAGGGGCAGGCCCGUGUCUCAGCCGGCGCCGUUUGCCCUCCAUCACGCCGCCAGCUGCGACAUGGACCCCGGCUCUGGCGACAGCGUCAGCUUGGCCCGCUCCAUCAGCAAGGACAGCCUGGCAUCCAGCGUCGUGACUCUGACCCCUCAGAACCAGCCGCAUCCCCCGGCCCAGAAGGUCGACGGCCGGAGCCUCCUGAACAACGUGGACAUCGAGGACGAGGACGAGGAGCUGGUGGCAUUCGUCGGGGCAGACGGGUCACCCCCUAGUGGUGACCCGGGCCUGGCACCAGGGGCCAGGGUGCCCCCGAGGCUGGCCGACACUCUCGACAGGAAGCCUGACAGUUUCUUUCUGGAGCCACUGAUGCCAGCCGUGCUGCGGCCGGCCAAGGAGAAGCAGGCCGUCUCCAAGGAGGACGAGCGCGGGGAGGGGAGGCCGAGGGGCUUCGCGUCCAGGAGGCCCAGCGAGGGCCCCCAGUCGCUGGUGCGGAAGCGGGUGCCCAGCAGCCAGGGCAGCCGCGACCCCAGCAGGACUUGCGCCCCUGUCGGCGGUGCGGAGCCGCCCGUGGUCUCCAGCCCCACGCCUGCCGCGGUGGGGGAUGCCUGCCUGGGGCCUCUGGCCGGCGGUGGUUCCGACCCGCUGUCUCAGGGACCGUCUGCUGACGGCUUCUUUCUGCACGUCGCCGGGACCGGUGAGGAUGCGGGGGGCCAGUUCCAGGGAGGCUGCGUCAGGAGCCCCCGCCCCCGCGACCUGGGGCCCUGGGCCGGCCUGCAGCUGUGCCCCACAGCGGAGGAGGUGGGCAUUGAGGAGGUGGGGCCCGGCCUCACGGGAGAGGACCACGCCGCAGUGGUCGCCCGGUACCUGGGCGAGGAGGAGUCAGCCAAGCUGCAGGAGGACAUGAAGGUGAGGGAGCAUGAGGACAAGGACGACGCCAGCGGCCGCUCCAGCCCCUGCCUGAGCUCGCUCUCCCAGGUCAGCAGCAUCUCCAUGGCCAGCGGCAGCGUGAAGAUGACCAGCUUCGCGGAGAGGAAGCUGCAGCGGCUCAACAGCUGCGAGACUAAGUCCAGCAGCAGCAGCUCCCAGAAGACCACGCCCGACGCCUCGGAAAGCUGCCCUGCCCCCCUGACCACGUGGAAGCAGCGGCGGGAGCAGAGCCCGGGCCGGCAGGGCAGGGAGCACGCCAGCCUGCUGGCCUCGGAGCUGGCGCAGCUGCACAUGCAGCUGGAGGAGAAGCGGCGCGCCAUCGAGGCGCAGAAGAAGAAGGUGGAGGCGCUGUCUGCCCGGCAGCGGCUGCAGCUGGGGAAGGCGGCCUUCUUGCACGUGGUCAAGAAGGGGCGGGCCGACGUGGUCCCCCAGCCGCUCCGGCCUGAGCACCUGGCCCGGGAGUACUCCCAGCACAACGGGGAGGACCGGGAGGGGCCCCUGUCCAAGAUGGAGGGCUUUCUCGUCAAGGAGGAGGGGCGGGCAGCCCUGGGGGAGGCCGAGCCUGGGGACCGGGAGGGCCCGGCCCUGGGGCAGCAGCACAGGCCGAGAGACCCCAGCCUGCACGAGCUGGAGAAGAGCAAAGCGCUGUCAGCGGUGCUGCUGGAGGACGGUGUGGGCGAGGGCCUGGGCGUGGGCGAGUGCGACCUGUCCAUCGAGAAGCUGAACGAGACCAUCAGCACGCUGCAGCAGGCCAUCCUGCGUAUCUCCCAGCAGCAGGAGCAGCUGCUCAUGACGUCCCCCUCGGGCCCCGUGCCUGGCCCCAAGGGCGGCCCCCAGGACCAGAGAGCCAAGGCACCCGCUCACUUUGCUGAGCCGCUGUCCCCCACGGGGGUGACUGGUCCCCGCAAGGCCCCACGCCCGGCUCAGGGCAGGAAUUCCCGGUCGGGCAGGCCGGCCGAGCUGAAGGUCCCCAAGGACAGGCAGCAGGGCUCCCCCCGCAGCAAGACCCCGACCCCCAGUAUUGAGGGCUCCCCCCAUGGGCGGCCUCUGCUCCCUGGCACCCACCCUCGCACACCCUCCGAGCUGGGCGGCGGGCCGGCCCCUGGGGAUGACCCCCCCGAGAAGCGCUUCCUGGAGAGCUGCAGGCUCCGCGACGAGAACAACCAGCGGGCGCCGCCCCCCAGCAGGGACACCAACAUCCUGUCUGAGCAGGCAGGCCUCAGGGAUGUGCUGGGUGGUGGCCAGAGCGAGGUGGGGAUGGAGGGCGCCCCCACGGACGGGCCCCCGAGGAGCAAGGCCAGCCUCAUCGAAGUGGACCUCUCGGACCUGAAGGCCCCGGACGAGGAUGUGGGGCCUGGGGGCCGGGACAGCGUGGCGGAGCUGGCGAGCGAGGGCGAGCAGAAGCCGGGCGUUGGCUUCUUCUUCAAGGACGAGCAGAAAGCAGAAGACGAGCUGGCCAAGAAGCGGGCGGCCUUCCUGCUCAAGCAGCAGCGCAAGGCCGAGGAGGCCCGCCUGCGCAAGCAGCAGCUGGAGGCGGAGGUGGAGCUCAAGAGGGACGAGGCCCGGCGCAAGGCGGAGGAAGACCGGAUCCGGAAGGAGGAGGAGAAGGCGCGGCGGGAGCUCAUCAAGCAGGAGUACCUGCGCCGGAAGCAGCAGCAGAUCCUGGAGGAGCAGGGGCUGGGGAAGCCCAAGGCCAAGCCCAGGAAGCCGCGCCCCAAGUCCGUGCACCGGGAGGAGUCCUGCAGCGACUCGGGCACCAAGUGCUCCUCCACCCCUGAUAACCUGAGCCGUGCCCAGUCUGGCUCCAGCCUGUCCUUGGCCUCCGCGGGUACCACAGAGCCCGAGAGCGUCCACUCGGGGGGCACGCCUUCCCAGCGGGUGGAGUCCCUGGAGGCCCUGCCUGCGCUGAGCCGCAACCCCAGCAGGAGCACCGACCGGGACUGGGAGACGGCAUCCGCCGCGUCCUCGCUCGCCUCGGUGGCCGAGUACACAGGCCCCCGGCUCUUCAAGGAGCCCAGCAGCAAGUCCAACAAGCCCAUCAUCCACAACGCCAUCGCCCACUGCUGCCUGGCCGGGAAGGUGAACGAGCCCCACAAGAACUCCAUCCUGGAGGAGCUGGAGCGCUGCGACGCCAACCACUACAUCAUCCUGUUCCGGGACGCCGGCUGCCAGUUCCGCGCCCUCUACUGCUACUACCCCGACGCGGAGGAGAUCCACAAGCUGACGGGCACCGGGCCCAGGAGCAUCACCAAGAAGAUGAUGGACAAGCUGUACAAGUACAGCUCGGACCGGAAGCAGUUCAGCCUGAUCCCCGCCAAGACCAUGUCCGUCAGCGUGGACGCGCUGACCAUUCACAACCACCUGUGGCAGCCCAAGCGGCCCGCGGUGCCAAAGAAGACCCAGACUCGCAAGUGACCCUCCGUAUUUAUUACUCACCCACUUGGUACGAAGCGCGAGACGCAGCCUUGGUCAGAGGCACAGACCACGGCACUCGGGCCCGCCGCGGCCCCCCGCUCUGGGGCGAGACCUCUGACCGGGGCCCCUCUUACUUGAAGCUCUCCUCAGUGUAAGCCCCGCACGGCCGCCGCGCCUGCGCCCAGACCCGCCCCCGCCGGGCGCGCGUGUCCGCGGGCGCUGUCACGUGGGAGUCUGUUUCGUGUGCGGAACUGUGUAUUUAUUGAUUGUGUCUACUGCCAACAUUCACACUCGACUGAGAUUUCUGAAGAAGUGAUAGUUCCUUUGCUGCUCUGAAAACGUUUACUGAAAACGAGAGUUCGCCGAAAGCACUGAAGCCUGCGCUCCGUCUCUGCCGGGGUGACGUUGGCAGCCGCGACGCCGCCUCCGUGGCUGCGGGGACGGUGAGCACCUGCGGGCGUCGAGUUCGGGCCGCUGAUGAGUGUCCGCUUCAAUGAAGAUGGAUUUUGGUGAAGCAGAACCUGUUUUCACCGAGUGUGUUUCUCCGAGCGGCACAGCCCUGCGUGGGCAGGUGCGUGUGGCCGCUGGGACCCCCCGCGUAGGGCCUCUGCCUCGCCUGUGGGACACCACCGCAUGCGCUCGGGCCGCGGCAGGAUCCCGAGUGGGGCAGCGGCGGCCCUCCCAGUGGGCGCCUGGCCGCGCUCCACCCCCGGCCGACUGCACCCGCGUUUCCUCGAGGCGUCACUGGGCAGCCUCAGACUGCAGGAGAACCGCAGACUGGCACAGGAGACACUGGGGGAGCGUCCUGCCCUGGCGAGGGGUGCGGGCGGUGCUGAGGGUGCGGCCGGGCCCCGUGCUGGACGCGUGGCCGGUAUGCCUGCGGCGGCUGCCCUGCCUCCGUCACGCGUGCUGUUCCUCACUGUAUGUUUGAUGUCGUCAUAUUUAUUUUAAGAAAGCACUAAAAUGUAAUAAAGUAACUGACUAAUUUGCUUUAUAGGAACCGCCUGUGUGAGGGCGUCCUGGCCCAUCUUGUCAGUUGGUGUCGCCCCAGCCUGGCCUUUGAGGGGCUUCGCGCUGUUUGGUGAACGGCCAGCC